CAAGAAACCUUCCAUGAAGAGGUGCUGCUUGAAAUGAAAUCUGAAGGAACCAGGACCUGUUGGAUGAUGUCACUUCACUUGUUCCUGACACUGAAUGCUUCCCUGGCAAGGACAUCUCCAGCCCGGGCAGCCCCAGCCUGUGCAUCACCUUCCAGGUCAUCAUCUGCCAGGUCAGCCUCUAUAGCAUCCUCUCCAACAAGGGUACACCUUGUUAGAGCAACACCAGUGAGGGCCACACCUAUCCGGACAUCUCCUGCCACAUCAGAACCAGCCACCAGAGCCACUGUAGAGACCCCAGGUGUCAGCUUGCCCAAGUUCACCUGGCAGGAGGGCCAGAAGCGGCUGCCACUCAUCGGAUGUGUCCUCCUCCUCAUUGCCCUGGUGGUGUCUCUUAUCAUCCUCUUCUACUUCUGGCGAGGCCACACAGGAAUCAAGUACAAGGAGCCAGUAGAGAGCUGCUCUGUGCAUGCUGUGCACUGUGAUGGAGUGGUGGACUGCAAGCUGAAGAGUGAUGAGCUGGGCUGUGUGAGGUUUGACUGGGACCAGUCUCUGCUUAAAGUCUACUCUGGGUCAUCCCAUCAGUGGAUUCCUAUCUGCAGUGACAGCUGGAACAACUCUUACUCUGUGAAGACCUGCCAACAACUGGGUUUUGAGAGUGCUUACCGGACAACUGAGGUGGCCUACAGGGGUAUGGCCAGCAGUUUCUCAAUCUCUGAGUACAACUCCACCAUCCAGGAAAGCCUCUACAGGUCUGAGUGCCCUUCCCAGCGGUAUGUCUCUCUUCAGUGUUCCCACUGUGGACUCAGGGCCAUGACUGGGCGGAUUGUGGGAGGGGCACUGGCCCCAGAGAGCAAAUGGCCUUGGCAAGUCAGUCUGCACUACGGCACCACCCACAUUUGUGGGGGCACACUGAUCGACACCCAGUGGGUGCUCACUGCUGCCCACUGCUUCUUUGUGACUCGGGAAAAGAUCCUGGAGGGCUGGAAGGUGUAUGUGGGCACCAACAACCUGCACCAGCUGCCUGAGGCAGCCUCCAUCUCCCAGAUCAUCAUCAAUGGCAACUACACUGAUGAGCAGGAUGACUACGACAUUGCCCUCGUGCGCCUCUCCAAGCCCCUGACCCUGUCUGCUCACAUCCACCCUGCCUGCCUCCCCAUGCAUGGACAGACCUUCGGCCUCAAUGAGACCUGCUGGAUCACAGGCUUUGGCAAGACCAAGGAGACAGAUGAGAAGACAUCCCCCUUUCUCCGGGAGGUGCAGGUCAGCCUCAUAGACUUUCGGAAGUGCAAUGACUACUUGGUCUAUGACAGUUACCUUACCCCAAGGAUGAUGUGUGCCGGGGACCUUCGGGGAGGCAGAGACUCCUGCCAGGGAGACAGUGGGGGGCCCCUCGUCUGUGAGCAGAACAACCGCUGGUACCUGGCAGGAGUCACCAGCUGGGGAACAGGCUGCGGCCAGAGAAACAAACCUGGUGUGUACACUAAAGUGGCAGAACUCCUCCCCUGGAUAUACAGCAAGAUGGAGAGUGAGGGGCGCCUCCAGAAAUCUUAAGUGUCCUGCUCUACCUCACAGCACUGGCUGCUAUAGACUCUGGCCAAAGCGACUGGGCCAUCCGCAACAUCAUCUGGGCUAAAGGCUACCAGACACUUUCAUUACUGCCUCUUCCACUAUCUUCUGCCUCUGAAUAUGCAAUGUGCAUGUGCAUGUGUGCAUAUGUGUGUGUAUGUGAUUGCUCUCCCAAGGUCUUCAGAAACCAGAAUCGCCAUCAGCUCUUUUCAAGCCCCAGGCUGAAAAUAAUAACCUGAAAACAACAGUUUGAAGACAACACAACACCAUGGAGACACCUACAGGUGUGUUCAUAAUGGAUGGAGGGACUAGAGCCCAAGGAAGAGCCUGGAAGGUCGCGUCAAGAAUUCUUGCUUCUCUGACCUCAACUUGGAGACUAGCCCAGAAUGGGCAGCCACUCAGCAGUCCUGGUAGCAUCAGUGCUGUCCAGGGACAGCAACAGCUUUUGCUGGAGUGCCUGGACUGUCCCUAGUAGGGAGAUAUCUCUGUUGACAUUACAAGCAUCCUGUUUUCUCCAACCUCCCGAUAGUGCUGUGUAUGUGGAGAAGCGACUGCACUGUGGCUGGCCAUGUUCACUCCUGUGAACAGGGCUCAUUGUUCCUAUUUGGUCACAGGC